GACAGCUUUUCUCGGUAACUCCAUGUUGCUAUUGAACGCCUUCCUCCAUUUGAGGGUUCGUAUAAUUUCUGUUAUAUAGCUUUCACUUCCUUCCUUCAUUCUUUUUCUUCUCCUGGCAAUAUUUCCUGCCCAGCCUCUGCAUCACUCUCCUUUUAUAAUGCCCUCCAGCCCUCAACAUCUUCCCGCUGAGCGGGUUCGUCAUCGAAAACGGGCGUCGGUACCAGUUGAACAGCGAGACGAUGAGCAAGAGGAAUACAGCACCAGUACUGGUCCAAUCACUACUAUUACCAUAACCAAGGGGUUGUCCUCCACAGCAUCCAGUGAUGCAUCUCUAUCGACAACAGCAACGACGACCAGAUCGUCUGCAUCUUCGUUAUCUUCUACAUCUGCCACUACAUCGUCUUCGUCUUCUCUCGUCAGCUCAUCGACUGCGGAAUCAACCUCAGCGGGGUCAUCCUCAUUAGCGAUGUCGACAACCUCGACACCGCCGUUACCAUCAGCGUCAGCCAUUGCUCCCGCCCCUACUUCUGCUUCCGACGUACAGCAAAAUGGCGCCGUGUCGAAGCAGACCUUGCCAGCAGGCGCCAUUGCUGGCAUUGUCAUUGCCGUUGUUCUGGUCCUCGUCGCAGUCGCACUAGUCCUGCUGCGGAAUCGUUUCAUGCAGCGCCGGCGCUCUCGCAUGUCGACGUGGAUUAGCAAGCCGCGACUUGCCAAUACCGGUCUCGCCUUUGAAUCAGUUACCAGUACGACUCACGACGCUUCCCAGUCACCGGGCAUGCAAUUCGCCCAAUCUGGAGCCCCAGCCACUUCACUCACUAUGCCUAGCGCAUCGUGGAACAAUGCUGCAAGCCCUGGUAUUAACCCAAGUACAGCUCCUCCGUCCGGCGGCAGUGCAAUCGUAAAAUCCAGAUUCAUUCCUUCGUUACCCGAUGAGCUGCCUAUUUCAAACGGGGAGACUGUCCGAAUCAUGCAAGAAUUUGACGACGGGUGGGCUUUGUGCGUCAAUGGCAGAGAAGAGCAGGGCAUGGUUCCUCUCGAAUGUUUGGAGCGCCUGACACCGACUUCGGGUGCUCCUGCCACUGCUCCUGAUUUGAGGAAGUCGGCUAGAGAGAGUUCGCUAUACGGCAUGAACACUGUUAGGCGUUAGUGAACAGGUGAUCCUUCAAAUUCACUCUCUUUCUUUCUAUUUCUAUUCAUAUCCGAUAUCUUGGACUGGUGUAUUGCAAUGACUGGUUCAUGCGUUUCUUAUUUUUACUCUUUAUUAUACUCCCGCCGCAGCUAGACGGCCUUAUUUAGAUCUUGUACGUACUAUUCAACGAUACCCCCAGCGUUGUACCCUGUAUUCUGGACUUCUGUAUUCUUCUUCCCUAUCACUUAGCAGAAUCUCUGCAAGGGAGGUAGAACUCCUACGCUGACCGUAGUCUACAAAUAAAAUGGUGAUAGUCGGCAAAAAAAAUGUAGAACACCACGUCGCGUCUAUAAUGCGCAACGAUGUGUUUGAAAUUCAAAUUGUGGCGACCGUU